AUGGGUGGGAAGGAAACGGAAUUUGUUGAGGGAUUGCGUAGACGUGCCACCACCAAGCCACUAACUGGCUUGAAUGGAAAAGGUUGGAUUGUUGUGUUCACGCUUCUCACUUCUAACCAGCAGAUUGAUCGGCCAAGCAAAGAACCUCCUAUUGGCCUGGGUUCUUUCACUUCCUCGGGGUCGAGGAUGACGAGAAUUAAAGUGCGAUAA